AUGUCUGCCGGACUCGUUGUAUCCGACUCUGACCUUGAGAACCUCGAGGACACCCUUCUAAACAAGUCUGGGGGUAUCCCCCUACACAACAGGUUCAGAGCGCUGUUCACGCUCAAGGCGCUCAAGAACGAAGACGCGAUACGCAUCAUUUCAAAAGGAUUUCAGGAUCCAUCUGCUUUGCUGAAACAUGAAUUGGCGUAUUGUUUGGGUCAGAUCGAGCACGAAGCAGCACUUCCUACGCUUGAGAGGGUGUUAGCAGAUGCAACUGAAGAUCCAAUGGUUCGACAUGAGGCAGCGGAGGCCAUGGGCGCAAUCUCUUCUACUUCAUCACUCCCCAUUCUGAAGAAGUACAUCCGCGAUCCAGAGCGAGCAGUACGCGAGACGUGCGAGAUUGCGCUCGCAAGAAUAGAAUGGGACAACUCUGAAGAGGGACGGCGACAUCAAUCCGCGCAGGCGAUUCAGACGUUUACAUCUAUUGAUCCUGCACCCCCUACUUCUGGGCUCUUGUCCGGAAAGCCAAAAUCAGAAGAUCUAUCUGAAGCCAGUAUCUCGCGGCUACAGUCGCAGCUUGUAGAUACAAAGCUCCCGCUUUUCGAGCGAUAUCGUGCUAUGUUCGCAUUGCGAAACAUCGGUACAGCGGAAGCCGUCGAUGCACUUGCCUCUGGCUUCACAGACGACAGUGCGCUCUUCAAGCAUGAAAUCGCAUUUGUAUUCGGCCAAUUACUCUCGCCACAUUCCGUCCCUGCCCUCCUUCAAGUUCUACAGAGCUCUUCCGAGUCGGAUAUGGUUCGGCAUGAAGCUGCUGAAGCCCUUGGUGGAAUUGCGACGCCAGAGGUUCUACCGUACCUCAAAGAGUACAUCAAUAAGGAAGAUGUCCCCGUGGUUGUGCGAGAGAGCUGCCAAGUCGCUCUUGAUAUGUACGAGUAUGAAAACUCUGACCAGUUUCAGUAUGCGAAUGGAUUAGACGGCACGCUCCUCUCUCAGGUGGUUGGUGCAUAG